GGUGCGACCUCUUAUUUUGAAAGGCUGAAGAGGAAGUUGUACUUGUUUUACUCUCGUUGCCUUUACAGUGCUCAAGCAAAAUCAUCCGGUGAGGAGACGGAGAUUAUAUCAAGUGGAUUUGAAAAGGAACUCCGUCCACAAGGAUGAGCCAGCAAAAGUGCUUUUGACUAAAGUGGACAAAAACUGAAUAUGGAUGUCAGUCUGGUCUAAAAGAGCAACUGCGGAUCUUUGGGAGCUCGGUUCGAGAGAAGACCGUUAAUACUGUAAACACUACAAUGACUGACUCCGCAAAACCGCCGUUCGGGAGGAGAAUGAAGGCACAUGCUCCACCUCCGCCUCGGGCCCCUCAACCUGCUCCACGGCACAUCUUCAGAAACACUGAUGGGGGAGGGACAUCGGGCAUGGACGCCAAGGAGAACAUGCUAAGACCCACUGUGGAUUUCAAGCUAACUCUUCCACAGGGAUACCAGACGUCUGUAACUGAGGAUGGCAGUAAGGCGCUGAUGGACCUGCUGGUUGAGUUGUGUAGUCGCUUCCACCUUAACCCAGCACUGCACACCCUGGAGCUGCUGUCGCCAGAGGGCCACUCUUUGGGAUUCAAGCCCAAUGCUCUACUGGGCUCCCUGAAUGUAGCCUGUGUCUUCAUCAAGGAGAAAGUCUGGGAGGACAAAGUGGUGCGCAGACCAGCGCCCAAAGUGCCAGAGAAAACAGUUCGUCUAUUGGUGAACUACCACGGUAGCCAGAAGGCAGUGUUACGGGUCAACCCGCUGGUACCACUCGAGGCUCUGACACCAGUCAUCUGUGACAAGUGUGAGUUUGAUCCUUCACACGUUCUGCUCCUGAAGGACGGCAUCAGUCGCCAAAAAUUACCACUGGAUAAAUCUCUGACGGAGCUGGGGAUCAAGGAACUCUACGUACAUGACAAGAGUUUAGUUCUCCAGCCUAAAAUGGCUUCUGCCCCUGCUCUUAACUACUCAGACUCACUUUACUCCAGUACCACCAGUUUGGGUAAAUCAGAGAAGAAAGGCCUCCUGGGUAUCUUCCAGUUUAGCAGGAAAAAAAGCAAGAAAACCUCUGUGGACAUGGAUGAGUGUGAUGAUAAUGUUUUCCAAAACACUGACACACAAACAAAUGGUCUGUCCAAAGUAUCCGGGGUCCCCAGCACCUUGGGCCAGUCUCAGUCAGUCAUGAAUAUGUCCAGGAUGUCUCCCAAGGCUGACAUCAAGAAGAGACAGGCCCCAGUACCACCUGAGGCCCCAGCAACUACCACAGGACACGGCUUUGAAGCCUAUCAGAUGGGACUUGGCUCAGAAAGCCAGCAGAGGAAAAGAAAGGCUCCGGCCCCCCCUCCCACCCCGUCUUCCAUCACCCCAGGCUCUGAUGACACUUCAGCCUCUGCUCCUCGCACUCCUGACACUACUGAGAUAUCUAUCCAAGCCUUACCAACCAGAAUGGCAGAAUCAGUUCAUGCCUCUUCUACCAUUGUGGUAAUGCAAACAGUCAAACCAGUCCCCAUGAAAACCUCAACACAACCUAACCCUCCAACCACCAACUCCCCAACCUCAACUAGCAGCACCAGUGACAGCUUGGCCUACCAGGAUUCCAACUCUGAACUCAGCCACAGCCUCGAUGAUUCAGAUGCUGACCAGGACCAGGCUGGUUCCCACUGCAGCAGCGUCACCAGCAGCUCAGCGAGUGGAUCUGUGCAGCUGCAGCCCAUUACAAAAAGCUCUGUCUACAGGUUGGAGGAAUCAGAGAAGUUGAGGGGCAUGGCUGCCAAAUCAAAUCAAGAGGUGAAUUCAGCCAGCAGCUCCAGGUCGGAGACUGAGUCGGCCAGUAGCUUGAAGCUGGAUGAAGCUGAGAACAACAGACACAGUGCAAUAGCCUGGCUCCACUCCAUGCGGAGCUCUGCAGCCAGUGGACACAAAGCAAAUACUGAAGCACCUGAGGAGGAAACUGUAUCCCUGGGCAGCAGCAGUGGCAGCAGCAGCCUGCCUGACCAGGGUUACGCUGCCUCAGAGGGCAUGGGUGAGGACUCGGGCAUCAUCAGCUCUCCAACUGACACCCAACCCACAUCACCGGAUGGGAGUUUGUCUCCGGAUGGAAGUAGCAGAGGCGGGGGAGAGAGACUGCUGGGACCAGUGCGGGACAAUUCUAGUGACAGUGAUGAGGGAUGUGCCACCUGGGGAUCAAGACACAGGCACAAUGGCAUCAACCCACAGGCAAAGUCGGGCAGAAUAACGGACAACUAUGAAGAUGACCCGGAUCUCACAGCCCAGCUCCAUCAGACUUUGGCAGAUUUUGAUGCAGACCUUGCAGACCACAAAGGUGUUUUCUCAGUGAAAAAGACUAUGUCCACAAACAGUAAUGAUGUGCCAGUGUCUGUAGUGGACAUGGAUGUGCCAGUCACAGCCAUAGAUGAAGUACUGGAGGACUACGAAAUUACAAAAUUAGAAAAUGAGGCAAAGUCACUUACCAGGACUAAGUCAGGUGGCAACAAAGGUCCAGGAUUAUGCCAGCAGCCCAGCAUGGAGCUUCAGAAGAAAAACAACAGUGCUUGUACAGCUGCUGAUAGUAGAAGCUACGCAGAUACAAAGCAGCCAUCUCAACCUGAGCAUCUUGGGAAGUUGCAGGUGAAAAUGUCUACACGCGAUAAAGAGGAAGAUAAGAUUAUCGAGACAAAAAUAAAGGCCAUGGGUACGACUGACAGUAACGGUGUGAAAGAGGAUAAACGGGUAACAAAAUCAGCAGUCCUAUCCAACACUGACAUGCAGAAACACACCAAGAGCACUGAGAUCAAGCCUGAUCCUAUCAAGAACAAUGAUCAAAGGAAGCCUCUUUUAUCAACAGCCAUUCAGAGAUCACAACGAGUUGAAGAGAUUAGUGUUUAUCAAAAUAACUCUUCACUGGGUCAAAUCACACAUAAUGUCGCAUCACGCUUUGGUAUGAAAACGUUCACUGUGGUUCCUCCGAAACCUGUCGUAUAUGCUGAUACCAGAGAUGCUGCUGCCUCAAGAAUUGCAGGUGCCAUUAAGAUUGACGAUCAAGGAAAUAUGGUCAAAGUGGGCAUCACCCAAAACAGAGCUGGUGGUGCAUCAGUGUUGGGAAUGAAUGGUAGUGAGGAGUCUCCUCUUCUUGGAAAAGCCAAAGCCUUUUGGAGCUCAGGUCCAGAAAGACAAGAAACUGCUGUGCCUCUCAGCAAAGGUCAGAUCAAUAAGGCUAAAGAGAAUAAAGAUGGCAAUACAUGGAAGACCACUAACACUGAAACAACAGAAAGAAAACAUAAACCUGCAGACAAAAUCAAAGAAGAAACUAAAGAACAACUGAAAGACAUCCAUGUUGCAAAGGAGGAAAAGCUGGAGAGCCAGACUUCAGUCUCUAAAAACACUCAGCAACUAAGUAUGAAACCUGCUCUUUCCUCUCCAGUCCUUCCAGACCUGCAAACAGACACGUCCUUCCUUAAACCCUCCAGGCGAACAUCAAGUCAUUACGUGGCAUCUGCCAUCAAUAAAUACACAAAAAAGACUCCUGCUAAUCCUAGCACCACCCCUCUCAACCCUGACUCCUCUGCCCCUGUGAAAACACAGACUAUCGGCUUCCAGAGAUCAGGAAGGUCCAUACAAGUGAAUCCACACCAAUCUUUCCAGUCAUCACUGUCAGAUAAUAAGAAGAAUGACUCGGCUUAUAAACCCCACACUUUUGGCCCAAAGAGGUCCAUGAGUUACCCUGAGUAUGUGUCGGAUAGCCAGAGAGAUUUUGGAGAGGACAGCCCAGACACGGGAGGAUUUGGACAUUGUGUUGGAUCCACCAAUGGAAGCUUUAAUACACUAGAAACAAAAACAGCCAAGAAUAAGCACAGUCAGUCUAGUGGCCCCACCCAGAUACAUGUGAUCUCCAACAAUGACAGAGAAGAUAUUAAACCUAUUCGUCCCAGUGGCACCAAUCCCACACAAAACAGUCUACCACGCUCAUCUUCCCAACAAUCCACAGCCUCAAAAACCGGUGUCCAAACAAACACAAAAGACACGACCAAGACAGCCACCCAUCUUACACGUGAUGCACGACCACAGCCUUCUGUCACAGUGUCAGACAGUAACGACAUAUCACAGGCAGCGACGGUGUUCGGGCCAGUGAAAAAGUUCAGACCAGUGAUCUGUAAAUCCGUUGAGAAGGAGACUUCUCUGCACAGCAGCCUGAUGGAUGCAAUCCAGACUGGGACAGGCAAGGAGAGGCUGAAAAAGAUAUCCACUUCUGCUGACACUUGCACAAAGAAGUUAUCUUAUGUUGAUGAGGAGAAUGAGAGAUCCGCUCUUCUGGCUGCCAUUAGAGGCCAAAGUAAAUCUGCCCGGCUGAAGAAGACCAAAUCUGAGGCAGCUGAUGAGCUUGAGAAGUUUAAGAAGGAGGAGAGCAGUGCAGACCCUCCUCCCUCUCCUCUCUUUGUAUCUUCCACUUCACCUCCCGUCCUGACCCCACCGCCACCACCACCACCAGCUCCCAUGUUUGCACCCCCACCUCCUCCCCCUAUCUUGCCCGCGGGUAAGCCUAGGACUGUCGCACCUCCAAGUGCUAACACCGCCAUGAACCCUGGCUUGGCCCGAGAGGCCAUGCUGGAGGCCAUUCGCUCUGGAUCAGCUGCAGAGAAGCUAAAAAAGGUUGCUGUGCCCAAAAAGACAGUCCAAGUGAACGGUAGACUGGGAACAAUCCAAGCAACCUCCUCUGGACUUCCCCAGCAGUAAGAGCGAGUCUCCACAACAAGGAGUCAUUCAUAACAUUGUUGGUUUUUGAUCUUUUUGCCUUUUGCCAUUUGAAUCGGACUUUUGAAAAACCGGACUGAGUCACAUUUAGACUCUCCCCACCACUCUGAAGCCUCGUGCUGAAACUGUUUCAGUUUCUAAAGGAACAGUGAAGCAGGGAGACCCACUGCUAUUUUCACUUUCCUCUGAAACAUUUCUUCUUGAAAGGGGAAUGUUUCUCUGUUGGCAGCCAAACACCUGUAACAGUGGUCUGGUGUCACAGGUGAAAGAUUUCCAUCCAUAACAUUAUAUUUCUCAGCUUCCAACUGUAGCUCGCUAAAGUGAUCCUAACAACUUAGUGUUGUUUUGAAACAUAUGUUGCCAUGUGUACUGGAAUUCAGUAGUUUUGUCUGAAAUGUUGUACAAACUGUGUGCCAAUGGAAGCUAAUUUAAAACGUUUUUUUUUUUUUGUUAGUUCUUUUUGGACAGUAAGUCAUAGAUGCCUUAUUCUGUCGCUCAGUAUUAUGUAUAUGAUGUUUUGUUGUACAAAUAAUUCUUCAAGGGCUGGAAUAAGAAGGAUCUGAUGAUGUUUCCAUGUUGUGUGUACUUAAGAUUUUUUGAAAUCUUAAGUACACGCAUGAAAAACCAUGGUUGUGAGUAUAUUAUUUCAGCCACAUUUGGUCCAUGAUGCCAACAAAUGUACAGUUCCUCUGAUGAAUGAGAUGGUGAUGAGCAACUGGUGGGAACUCAUUAUUCUCCCGUCAUCGCUCGCGUUGUUUGCGCUGCUGUUCGCGAUCUAAAGGAAACGUCGUACGCGGUCUGUAUUCUGUAGAAACCUGAAUUUUUACAGGUAUGACUGAUUUGACCGACCAUUGGCCUUUUUACGUUUCAUUUAUUUCUUACUUAUAUGUCAAGAUGAAGCGCUCUAUUUGUUGACAUCUCAGUCCUGCUGAAGCACUGAUACUGAAGUAUGUCAAUGCCACAAUGAGCAAAAGAGAUUAUUGAUCAACAAGUCACUACCAUUGGGUGAUGGCUGUGUUUUGAAAACAUAAAUGCAGUUGUAGGUGAGCUGAAGUUUUAGAUUAUCUAUGGCCUUGAUUUAUGGUACUUCAGAUGUACUAGAUACAGUUGAGUGUGGAGUAGCUUUUCAUGAUUGAAGGUAGAGAGGAGCACAACUGUUUAAUGGUACGCCGACGAUGUUCACUCUGAAUCUGUAGAAGGAAGAGAAACCUAGAGCAUCCAUAUUCAGGUGUGAGUGCUUGCUGCUGUUCAACUGAGCAAAGGAGGCUGGAAAUAGUUUUAUAGAUUUAAUUUAUGCUCGCUUUCAGAAAAAUCUGUUUCAUGUUGUAUUAUGAGAGUGUAACCAACGAGCAUUUCUAUUUUUUGUUUCCCUUUCAUCUCCACACAGUAGUUUACAAUGCUACAUUGUCUUAUUGCAUAUUUUAUAAACUUGAGAAAGAUCAUUGCAGUGAGAGAUUUGAUUUAAAUCUUUGCUAGAAAGCUAUUCCAGUGAUAGCGUGGACCUUUUAUAAGCUAUUGCUUUUUAAGUUUAAAUUGCACUUUGAUUUUUUUUUUCUUCAGAAGGCUGCACAGA